CACCUCCUGGUCAGGCAGAGUGCCUGUCUAGUGACGAGCAGGAGUUUGUUCCCGUGAGAGACACCGACACCCAACGCGCUCCCACAGAUGCAGCCGCCGGACACACACCCUCAUAUCCACACAGUUGUACCACGAAGGUGUCGGACAUGCAUCUGGAACCUGGUCUGGUGCAGGAAGUUCCUCAGGACGCUCACAGCAGGGAAAUGUGCAGCGCAGGAGAAGAGGUGAAGGAGAAGACGGUUCAGUAUUUGCUGGGAGAACUCAAGGCUCUGAUCACUGGACAAGGCAGUGUAGCAGAGAGGCUGCUCCAUCACCUGGAGCAGGCUGUGUCCUCACCACUGCUGAAUGACGGUGGUUUAAACAUCCACACUGAGAGCGCUCCAGACCUGUCGUCGCUGCACGACCACAACCUUCAGCUCUGCAGGCGCGUGAGGAUCCUGAACCAGCAGCUGAAGGAGAAAGAGAAAGCAGAGAGGGACACGGAGAGUAACUCGGAAGUGACGAUUCUGCAGGAGGAGGUUACCACAGCUCAGUGCCGGCUGCGAGAACUGCAGCAUGACCUCGCGGAGCUCCGGAAGGAUCUUCAGGACACGCAGAGCCAGCUGAGAGGGCGAGAGGCAGAGAACGCAGCCGUCAGGACAGACCUGGAAGCAACUCGAAGCCGGCUGGUGGACGCGGAGCGACAGAAGAGCGAGUGGGCCUCACUUGCUCAACAAAGACUGGAGGAGAUAGGGAACUUGAAGAGGAUGCUUCAGAGUCAGGAGUCAUCAGUUUGUUCUACAGUUGUCGAGUCUCUGCCGACGACGCCACACCAGCCCCUCAACGAGCGCGUCACCCAGUACCUGAUGUCUCUCGGCCGGUUUGAUCCCGCGCCCGCCGAGCACGUGGUCGCAGAGAGGGAGAGAAGCACCUCAGACAAACCUGCAAACACUCAAACCGACCAGUCCCAGCGUCUGAGUGAAGUGCAGCCGUGCGGGCGGCGGCUGGACGCCACGCUGUCCCACUGCGACGUGGAGUCUCUGUGGUCCGACUGCAGCAUGAGAUCCGGGUCGACCUUCGACACCAGAGACGAGGCGGCGUUCAGGGACGGCCUCGCGGCUCUGGACGCCAGCAUAGCCAGUCUGCAGAAGACAAUGCAGCUGGAUCUGAGGAGGUGACGAGCUGUUACAUGAGCUGCUCUCCACAUUGUGUUUUCAUCCAGAACUGCUCGAGCUGCUGUUGUAACCUGCACUUUGCUCCUUUUUAAUAAUUUAUAAUUUGAAGUGAUAUUUAAGAUUAGAAAUAAAGCAUUUUUUGAAAGUA